AUGAUGAUGAGAUGCAAGCUCUUCAAAAAGAAUUCCACAUGGAAACUUGUUCCUCUCCCAAGUGGCAAACGAACUGUGGGUUGUAGAUGGAUUUAUACCAUUAAGUUGAAGGCAGAUGGAUCGAUCGAACGGUACAAAGCUCGAUUGGUGGCAAAAGGGUAUUCUCAGAGAUAUGGAGUGGAUUAUCAGGAGACGUUUGCUCCAGUAGCAAAAAUCAAUACUGUACGAAUCCUGAUAUCACUUGCUGCAAACUUGGAUUGGCCAUUACACCAAUUUGAUGUCAAAAAUGCUUUUUUACAUGGUGAUUUAGAAGAAGAAGUUUAUAUGGAUCCUCCGCUUGGAUGUGAUGAUCCUGAUGAAAGAAAAGCAUUGCAAGAGUACUUAUCUAAGGAGUUUGAGAUGAAAGAUCUUGGUACACUUAAGUAUUUUCUCGGGAUAGAAGUAUCUAGAUCACAGCAAGGGAUGCUGGGGUGUAAACCAGUUAAUACGCCUAUGGAGGAAAAUCACAAGCUUGGUGAGUGUACUGAUCAUAAACCAACUAACAAGGAGCAAUACCAGCGCCUAGUUGGGAGGUUAAUUUAUUUGUCACAUACGAGACCAGACAUUGCAUAUGCUAUGAGUGUUUGGAUAAUUACCAAAAUGAAUAUAAUGUUGAAAGUGUUAUGUGCUAAUCAUGUGGUGGUGGUGGAGGUGGAGAUAGAGGUAGUAAUGGGUGGUGGUGGUGGCAGUGGCGAUGGUAGUGGUGGCGGUGAUGGUGGUGGCAGUGGUGGAGGUGGUGGAUAA